AUGACCACCCACCUACAACACCCACCAUAUCCUCACCAUCACACCUCUUACAACCCCUACCACCCCUACACUAUCCCCAACCACGCCCACGCCCACACUCAAACGAAAAAGCAACGCUCACGUCCAAACCGACGCCAACGCCAACACCAACACCCCACACCCUCCUCCCCAUCCUCAUCCAAAAGCAGCAACAGCAACCGCUGCUUCACCUGGCUCCUCCUCCCCCGACAAAGCAACACACACAUCGCCAAAAACCGCUCUUCAUUCAGCAGCUACCGGCGAGCACCAUGCAAGAUCGCGAAUCAGCGGGUGCUAGGCGUAGGAACCGUGCAGCUCCGCGUGCAACGUGCACCGGAUGACCCGCGCACGAACACCCUUGUGCUGCAUGACGUGCUGCAUAUGCCGAAUGCCAGGUGUAAUGGGAUUAGUGUGGCGAAGUAUACGGGGGAGAGUGAGGAGGAGACGGCGUCAGAGGGGGGCAGUAGUGCUGGGGAGAGGGCGGUUGUGGAAGAGGUUGAGAAUGGGGGUGUUGUGAAGGUGAAGAGUGAAAGGGAGGAUGGGGAGGGGUUGUGGUUUGCGAGGGGGAGGGGCUUGAAUAAUGAAGAUGGGGAUGUGAAUGGGGAUGAUGGGUUGAGGGUUGUCUUGGCGGGGGAGAGGAAGAAUGAUGAUGGUGCUGGUGGGGAGGGUGAUGGUAAAGGGAUCAUGGGGGUGGUUGCGUCGAAGGAGGAAUUGGAUAUGUUGAAUGAGAGGGUUAGGAAUCGGUCGUGGGUAUAAAUCAAUACCCUAUUUGUGGGUUAUUAUAUUGUACAUAGAUUGGUAUACAUGCUGUCGUAUUCAUAAAUGAGAUCGUAACGCAGUUGAU